UAAUAGAUGGGAUAUUUCCUGAUUUAGCCUGGAAUUGAGAACUGCUUGAAUCUCUAUUUUAUCGCCAUCACCUCAUUCUUUCAUUUCAGAAUAUCCCCACUCAGUUGGAAUGUCAAUGAUUGACGAUGAAAUGGGCAUGCAGUUUGAGGGGAUGCACUCAUGCAUGUCCUACUAAUGAACUUGGUUGUGUGAUGCAGUUUUAAAAAACACUGUCACAACAAGAAAUAAAAGUCAAUGUUAGAAAGUUAUGAUAAGUGCUGCUCUUUUAUGGGGAAAAUAUUUAAAAACAUUACACGCUCAUAGCGUGAGGACGUGGCGGUUAUUAACCAAUCAAAAGGCCGAAGCUGUCCAGAAGUGGAGUAAUGGACUAGCAGUAUGAAACAAGCUAAUCUUAUUACAGGAAACGACUUUACUUCGGCGAUGGGUGUGUAUCCGGAGUAGAUGACGUUGACGGUCAAAAGCGAAAGACUUCAGAAAGACCGAGUAUGGCGCUGCGGCCGUUGGUCAUGUGCUUUGCGCUGUGCGUGGUGCACGCCUCCAGUAAACCCACCAUCGACAAGAAGGACCGUGUCAUUCAUGACGACCUGCUUAGCAACCGCAACCAUGACGACGCAGAUAACUUUGAUUAUGACCAUGAAGCGUUUCUUGGACAGGAUGAGGCCAAGACCUUCGAUCAGCUCACACCUGAAGAGAGCAAGGAGAGAUUGGGUAUGUUGGUAGAGCGUAUAGAUGAGGACAAGAAUGGGUAUGUGUCAGUAGAGGAGAUGAAGAAGUGGAUCAAACACAGUCAGAAGAGGUGGAUCUAUGAUGAUGUGGACCGCCAGUGGAAAGGUCAUGACCUUAACGGAGAUGGACUGGUGUCCUGGGAGGAGUACAAGAAUGCCACAUACGGAUACAUACUGGAUGAUCCAGACCCAGAAGAUGGCUUCAGCUACAGACAGAUGAUGUCACGUGACGAGAGGAGAUUCAAAAUGGCCGACCUGGACGCUGACCUGAAGGCCAAUAAAGAGGAGUUUACAGCCUUCCUCCAUCCUGAGGAGUACGACCAUAUGAAGGAUAUAGUUGUACUGGAGACCAUGGAGGACAUUGAUAAAAACGGAGACGGCUUCAUAGAUCUGGAGGAGUACAUAGGUGACAUGUAUAACCAGGAGGGUGAUCCUUCAGAGCCAGAGUGGGUGAAGACAGAACGAGAACAGUUUACUGAGUUCAGAGAUAAAAACAAAGAUGGCCGCAUGGACAAGGAGGAGACCAGAGACUGGAUCCUCCCUUCAGACUACGACCAUGCAGAGGCAGAAGCCAAACACCUGGUCUACGAGUCAGAUAACGACAAGGAUGGCCAUCUGACCAAGGCAGAGAUCGUAGAGAAGUAUGACCUCUUCGUUGGCAGCCAGGCUACUGACUUUGGAGAAGCCUUGGCAAGACAUGAUGAAUUCUAACCUUCCACUUCCCACACAGGGUUGGGCUCAAUUCAGUCAUGGAGUUGAAAUCCCAAUUAAAAACACUAUAUGGAGAAUGGAGAAUAGGGUGACGUUUGAGACGGAGCGUUUCACACUAGUGUACUAAGUAGUGUACGAGUUUGGACAUCAAGUUUGGACAUCAAGACACACCUCCUGGUUUGGCUCCACCUCCACCAUCCUCUCGUCCAAUCCGGACAAUGGAAAGGAUAUACAGCAUUUCCUUUGUCUUCCUUUGCAGAUCUUUGUUUUUGUAAAAAGUGACAGAAUACAGAUGUUAGUGUUUGUUUUGGUAGCCUUGUUUGAACAAUGUGUCAGGCGUGCAAUGAAGGGCAGAACUGUGCAUGUGCUCAUUUCAGGUUUCAAUUCAGGAAGUGAGUAAAAAUUCAAUAGAAAAAGUGAAUUGAUCCCAACCCUGGUGUGUGUUCUGCUAUGCACUGGACUAUGAAGGGGAGAUGUACAGUGCCCUCUACUAAUAUUGGCACCCUUGGUGAAUAUGAGCAAAUGGCUGUGAAAAGAAAAUGUAUUUGUUUAUCCUCUUGGUCUUUCUUUCAAAAUAUUCACAUAAAUCUAACCUUUAAUUAAAGUAAAAUUAUUUGAAAAAAAUAUUUGAAAAAACAAAUAUUUUUCUCUGUAUGCCACAAUUAUUGGCUCCCCUUCAUUCAAUACUUUGUGCAACCUCCCUUUGUCACGAUAACAGCUCUGAGACUCCUAUAAUACGUAAUGAGGUUGAAGAACACAUGGCAAGGCAUCUGAGACCAUUCUUCCAAACAGAAUCUCUCCAGAUCCUUCAGAUUCUGAGGUCCACUCUCCUCUUCAGCUCAUCCCACAGAUUUUCUAUGGGGUUUAGGCCAGGGGACUGGGAUGGCCAUGGCAAAAUCUUGAUUCUGUGGUCAGUGAACCAUUUUUGUGUUGAUUUUGAGGAGUGCUUUGGAUCAUGUACUGCUGGAAGGUCCAACCAUGGCACAGUUUAUAUCUGCUGGUACUUGUCCAUGAUACCAUUUUUCCUAACAAGUUGUCCAGGGCCUUUGGAAGAAAAACAGCCCCAUAACAUCAAAUAUCCACCACCAUACUUCACAGUGGGGAUGAGGUACUUUUUUACAUGGCUAUCUUUCUGUCUAUGCCAGACCUACCUCUGGUGUUUUGUUUCCAAAAAGCUCUAUUUUGGUCUCAUCUGACCAUAGAACCCAGUUCCAUUGAAAGCUCCAGUAAAGUUUUGAAAAAUGUAGGCACUUGAGUUUGACAGCAAAGGCUUUUUUUGGAAACUCUCCCAAACAACUUGUGUUUAUGUAGGUGCGUCUGAUUGUAGUUUUGGAGACUUUCGGACCCCAAGACCCAACUAACGUCUGCAAUUCACCAGCUGUGAUCCUUGAAGAUUUUUUUUGGCCACUCGAACCAUCCUCACUGCAUGGGGUCAAUAUAGACACACGUCCUCUGCCAGGCUGAUUGUUAACAUCUCCUCUCCAGUUGCUUUUAACUUCUUAAUUAUUGACCUGAUAGUGGAAAUGGGCAUUUUCAACCAUCGGGUCUUUCCCAUAGUGAUUGAUGAUGGGAAUUUGACCUGUGUGUCACCUCAUAUUUAUACCCCAGUGAAACGGGAAUUCAUGGCUUACCACUUAUGUGUUCCUAAUCAUUCAGGUGAACUUAAUGUAAAAUAUUAAUGUGAAUAUACUUCAGUUAGAUUUUACCUAUAAGAAUAUCUAGGAGUGCCAAUAAUUGUGGCACAUGCUUCGUCAAAAAAUAUUUAUUUCACAAUUUUUUUCUCUCAAUUGUACUUCAAUUAAAAGUUACAUUUUUGUGAAUAUUUGGAAUGAAAGACCAAGAGGAUAAACAGUAAAGCAUUUUUUUUUCACAGCCCGUUUUGCUUAUAUUUACUAAGGGUGCCAAUAUUGGUGGAGGGCACUAUAACACGGUCCACUCUAUAAGCUACUACCUCAAACUGCUCUUUUGAUUUCAUUGGCUAGCAGUGUCUUCAUCCCAGGGAUCAUCAACUAGAUUCAGCCGUGGGACGAUUUUUAAUAUAUUUUUUAUUGAGUGGAUGGUCGAGGGGCCAGAACAAAAUGAAGCAAUAAGGCCCGAUGGGGUGUAGUAUAUGGCCAAUAUACCACGGCUAAGGGCUGUUAUUAUGCACGACGCAGCGCAGAGUGCCUGGAUACAGUCCUUAGCUGUGGUAUAUUGGCCAAAUACCACAAACCUGCGGUGCCUUAUUACCAUUAUAAACUGGUUACCAACGUAAUUAGAACUAAAAAUAAAUGUUUUGUCAUAACUGCGGUAUACGGUCUGAUAUUCUACAGCUGUCAGCUAAUCAGCAUUCAGGGCUUGAACCACUCAGUUUAUAAUUACAAAUAAUUUGUAGACUGCAAAUUGACUGCAAUAAGACCAAACACACAUUUGACUAAAACAUAAUAAUUUCAAACCUUGCUUACAUUUGUAUACGAUCAUGUGUCUAUUAUGCAUGGGUAUACUUGGGAACAGAUUUCUUAAAUCAAAGUCAGUUGGACCUAAUUUCCUAGUGUUUUUACAGUCUUAUGUAUGACAAUGUAAAACAAAUGAUGUCAUUGUUUUUUUUGGCUCAGAAAACUCGGGCCGCUUGCCACCAGUUGGGAAACACUGUUGUAGCUCAUGGAGUGGGCCUCAUCAAAGCCUCAUGAAGAUUGUUUGGACGCGUGCAAUACAACACCACCAUAGGGGCAGGGGUGUGUGUCGGCCAAUAGCGGUCCCCCGUGUCCCCUGUGUGCAGGUUUUAGUUCCUACAUGUGUGUAGGAGCUUGGCUCAAUUAGGGGUUAGAUCAGUUAUUUUUUAUUAUUUACUUCAGUCUGGGCACCCCCUGGGUCGUACAUUUCUGAUCUAGUACCUGUACUAGCACAACAUAUUUAUAGCCCUGUGUUAGUACAGGGCUGGAACAAAAAUGCAAGGACCAGAGUUGCGAAACACUGGAUGGUAAACAGAGAAACUAGGACUCCUCUUUCCUCCUUUCUUUCUCUCUUUCUGUGUGUGUCCCUCCCACUGAGUGCCUCCUUUAGUUUUAUUUUGGUAUCUACUGAAUAGUCUUCUGUACUACACACACAUACUACAUAUGUUUGGAGGCUUAUGAAAGUAAUAUUUCCCCUGUCCAGUCUUCUUCCUUAGUUAUAGUUGUCAGACUGUAUAAUAAUUGUAUAACACCUGAUAUUUAGUAUAUAACCCUCUAUAACCACUGUUAUUGAUCUGGUUCAACUUCCCUUAAUCACUCUGCCAUCAGGGCUACAUGAUAAUGACAUGAACUGUCAUAACUGUUGGUACAAAGUCAGUUUUGAUAAACUGACACCAGAAGUAGGACUUUUUAUGACAUAUUAUGUCAUGUUUUCAACAGUGUUAUUUAUGUAGGUCUUAUGACAGAGGUUUCUAGUAAAGUGUUUCCAUUGUCUUUAUAAAAAAUAAUAUAAUAAUGUAUAUGCUAUAAUGUAUAUGAUGUAGCUGUUUUUUACAGGAUCAAUCCAGCAGCCAUGCCUAUCAGUAGUGAUGACCCUGUACAUACCCUGUCACCUGUUGCCUUGUUGACAGUGUGUGCUGUUGUCAAUCAGGUGGAGAAGUGUUUUUCUGAUUAAAAGGAUGUUGUGGAGGUUUUAUACAA